AUGCUUGGAGGAAGAGGAUACUACUCAUGGAGAAGCACGUACAACGGCUCCUGGUUCAUUCAGUCCCUGUGUGACAUGAUGGAGAAGCACAGGGACCUGGAGCUGAUGCAGAUCAUGACCAGAGUGAACCGGAGUGUGGCCUAUCACUUCGAGUCCUCCUCAAAUCUUCCCGGAUUCAGCGGCAAGAAGCAAAUCCCCUGCAUCGUCUCCAUGUUGACCAAAGAGUUCUACUUUCCCAAAUAG